GUUGCCCAGAGUCAAAAGGCUAAACCAAUUUUUAUUCCAAGAUUAUCAAGAAUGAAGCAUACAAGAGGUAUAAAUAACCCUCUAGGUCUAAUAAGAAUAGGAAUCCAAAAUAAAUGGGAUAAGGGUCAGAUAGAGCCUCGAACUCGAAAAAUAAUGUCAAAUAAGGUCAUAUUUAGGAUGCUCUGUCCGGCCGACGUCAUUUGGGGUGGUUCCCGAUGGAAUUUUUUGAUGAAAUUUUUUGAGCAUCUUCCUCAUUAAGUCUAGUUUACUCAUACCAAAUUUCACCUAAAAAUGCAACCGGGAAGGUAGUCAAAUGAUUUUCCGAAAUGUACGGGGUUGUUUAACUUCACAAUUAUCUUCAAAAAAUUAUUUGACUACCUUCCCGGUUGAAUUUUUAGCUCAAAUUUGGUAUGGGUAAACUAGACUUAAUGAGGAAGAUGCUCAAAAAAAUUCAUCAAAAAAUGGCAUCUGGAACCGCCCCAAAUGGCGUCGGCCGGACAGAGCAUCCUAAAUAUGACCUUAUUUGACAUUUUUUUUCGAGUUCGAGGCCCUAUCUGACCCUUAUCCCUAAAUAAAUUAAUCUAGGAAACUAAAUAGAAUAGGAAACAUCUAGUUCUAAUAGAACUCCUAAUUAAAUCAUUCUAGGAAACUAAAUAGAAAUAGGAAACCUCUAAUUCUAAUACGAAUAGAAGUCCUAAAUAAAUCCUACUAGGAAACAAAUUAAAUUAGGAAACAAAAUAAAAGGAAUAAUAAAUAUUAAUUAAACAGCCCGCAACCAGCCCACGAAGGUGGGCUCAAGCCCGUCCAGCCUUCGGUAAAUCCACGGGGGCUUCUGCCCCUCUUCUUCCAAGCCCAGAUUCUGCUUCAUAUCAACUUCGCUCGAUCAUGUCUCAUGGCUGAUGUACUCAACUUGGAUGUGCCUAAGACCACCACCUAUAGAUACCCCACUCGGCACAAAAUUGCAGAGGAAAGAAAGAGCAUUAGAAUUCAAUAGCUAUAAAUCCAAACUCAAUUCUCCGUCCGACUUAACUAAGAAGCAAUGGAGCUGGUCUUCAUUCCCGCGCCUAUGAUGGGUCACAUAGUAUCAACUGUCGAAAUGGCAAAGCGCUUAAUGUGCAACGGCAGGAACAAUGAGGUUAUUAUCAGCAGCUUCACCAUUCUCAUAUUGCAGCAAUGCUCUUUCGAUGACCAAAUCAGUCAAUACAUCCAGUCCCAAACAAGGACGGCGGAUGACUCCCGCCGUCCGAGCUCAUUGAAGUUUGAGACGCUCACUCUGCCCCUGCGGACCGGCAGCGGCCCCGCUGUAGCAGGGGUGCAGUCCGUCGACGCCUUCAAACCCCGAGUAAGAGACUGGGUUUCCGGGAAAAACCUCCGAUCCUCGGGGAGGUUGACCUUCGUGGUUGACUUUUUCUGUACGGCCAUGGUCGACGUCGGGAAUGAUUUCGGCAUCCCAACCUAUGUGUUCUUCACCUCCGGCGCGGCGGCGCUGGGGGUUCUCAUUUUCUCUAUCGAGAUCGUCAAAUCAUUAUCCGAUCAUCCUAAUAACCCCACCCCCUUCUUAGACAUCCCCACUUACCAAAACCCAUUUCCGGCAAAGUGUAUGCCGCCGCCGCUUCUGAAUAAGGACUCCUCCCAUAUGUUCCUCCGCAUCUCCGAAGGGAUUAGAGCGGCGAAAGGAGUGCUGGUCAACACGUUCCUUGAGCUUGAAUCACACGCGGUCAACGCCCUGAAUGACGACCCACGCGCCCCACCCAUCUACCCCAUCGGCCCGUUGCUGAACCUGGAAACGGCGGCUGCCGGCGGCGAAACAGAGCAAGUUUUCGAAUGGCUAGACAGGUGGCAGGAAGAGGGGUCUGUCGUGUUGCUUUGCUUCGGGAGCAUGACUCGUUUCAGUACUGAAGAUGAGGAGCAAAUGAAGGAGAUCGCUACGGCUCUAGAGCGGAGCGGGCAGAGGUUCUUGUGGGCCUUCCGGUCAGCAGAGGAUGACGGCGGUCAAGGAAGGCGGCUGCUGCCAGAUGGGUUCCUGGAGAGGACGGAAAAGGUGGGGAAGGUGGUCAACGGUUGGGCCCCUCAGGUCGCCAUACUGGCCCACCCGGCUGUGGGGGGCUUCAUUUCCCACUGCGGAUGGAAUUCAACUCUGGAGAGCCUCUGGUUCGGGAAGCCGAUCGGAACCUGGCCUAUGCGAGCAGAGCAAGAAGCCAAUGCCUUCCUGUUAGUGAAGGAGAUAGGGGCCGGAGUAGAGAUUAAACUGGCUUCCAAGACGGUAGUUUCCGACGGAACUGAUGAAUUGGUGUCAAAGAUAGUGCCGGCGGCGGAGAUUCAACGGGGAAUCGCGCAGCUUAUGGAUCCUCUGAAUCCGGUUAGGCUAAGGGCCAAAGAAUUGGGUGAAAUGAGCAGAGGGGCACUAGCGGUGGAGGGCGGCUCGUCCUACACAUCCCUACUACGCUUUGCUCAAGAUGCAUUUCAUCACCACCAAUUGAUUUGAUGAUUAAUAGCUAACGCAUUCUUGCUUAACUUUUUGAGAAAUGGUUCCAAAUAGGACUUAAAACUUGCAUAUGUACCUAAAUAGGACUUCGAUGAUUUUUAUACUUAAAUAAGACUUUAUUUUUUC